GCGAGCGUUGAAGGCUGGCUGUGCAAAGGCCUCCUCCUCUUCGCUCAUGUGGCUCACUGAAGCCGCAUUCGUUUUGUUUGUUUUGUUUAAUUCGCGUUAAUGUCGCACGCGUUGUCAAUUGAGGACCCUGCCGCAGACAACGACGUGCCAUGAACCUCGGGGAUGGUCUGAAGUUAGAAACCCAGACAUUGGAUGGCAAGACAAGGCUUGUGAUAGCAUUUCAUGAUGAACCCUUAAAUAAAACUGCAAAGGGCACUUCCCAGUUGAAGAAACGGAGAUCUCCAUUUAGGUCGAGGCUCGUGAGGGAGGCACAUAAUGGCAGUGUUAGGCUCGGAGCGGCAAGUGAUGGAAGUUCAAGCAGAGGGCCAAAACCCACGCCCUUUGGGAAUAGUCAAGCUGCACAGAGACGUGCGGACAUCGAUCAGAGGACUUCGAAUCCAACUGAAAGGCUCAGUGACCCACAGGCAGACCAGGGUCCAGUCCAGUACAAUCACACUCAAAAGGCAAGAUUCAACCAGAAUAUAAGUACCAAUGGCCCACAAAUCAAGUUGCUGCAAUCGAAUCAACACAGUAAAGAGCAAAGAGCCAUUGUUAAUGGACAGACCAUCGUACUCGAAAAUGGACAGAAUCUUCAGCAGAAUGGUCUGCAGAUGGGGAAGAACAAUAGAGGCAGGGUGGACAAAAACACAGCCCAGCAAGAAGUGAAACAGAGGCGCGGCCUUGCCAACGGGAGGCCAGUGAAGGCGGCAGACGCGCGAGGGCAUGGCGAUAACACCCAGACGGGGAGCUUCGGCAGUGGUUUAGUGUGCCUCACCCAAGAACAGCUGCAGCAGAUUCUAGCAUCCAUCGGGCAAUCCGUGAACAGCAGCAACACUGAUGGUUCAGCACCUUUGGAAACAGAGCUGGACAAGGAAAAGGAUAUUGUUCAGUAUGACAAUGAAACCAAGCCUGAAGAUGCUUCAAGCUCGGCUGCUCCGUUUGAGAAGACGCAAGGAAUAUCGGGCAGUGUCUUUGGUAUGUUGGGAGAGAGGGAGAAAGACCGAGAAAUACUUCAGGAAAAGAAAGUGCAGUGGAAAAAAGAGCUGGAUCAACAACUGGCGCUGAAAAACAGUGGGAAGAAACAGGAGCUGGAGGUCAGGGAAGAGUGGAACCCCUUUGGGAAGCCAGGGGCAGGAGCUCCGGUCUUAUCAGCCACCGGACAGCCGCUGACCACGUUCAAUCAGAAGCUGCAGGCCACUUUGAACCUUCCAGCACAUCAGCCAGAAUCUGGCUACUUGACAGUGCCUGCAACAUCCGCCCAGGGGACAGCAAGUGGUGGCAGGAACACUGCCCAGGACUCCGUGGCAAUGGGGCAGACACAGAGCUUUGCUUCCAGUGACCUUCCCGCAGCAAUUCGCUCUUCCUUUGUCAUUGGGGAGGCAGCCCCCAGGGAUAAACCUUUCAGCGCCUCCAAUAGGGAGAAGCAGCAGCGCUGGCGAGAGGAGCUGGAGCACCAGCGGGAAGAGCAGCGCAUGCGCAGACAGCAAGAGAAAAUCUGGCUCAAGGGGGAAGCGGAUCAAGGAAAAUGGGAGGCGCACUUUGAUUCGUUCAGCCAGAAGCCCUCUGUUGCGCAGGCUGAAACCCACGGUGCGGUAACUUCGGUCCGCCUCGAUGCGGGGAGGACAUUUCAUCCCCAGGAUGCACUCCACAGUCCUCAUGUGCCCUUGACCGAUGCUUCGAAGCUUCCUUCGCCGAGAAACAGCCACUUGAGAACAAUGACAGCCCUUCUGGAUCCAGCUCAGAUUGAUGAGAGGGAAAGACAAAGGCUAAAACAGCUGGAGCAUCAGAAAGCGAUAGCCAGCCAGGUGGAGGAACGACGUCGUCAGAAGCUCCUGGAGGACGAGCGACGGAGGUACGAGGAGGAGGAGGCGGAGAGGAGGAUCGCCGAGGAACGUCAUCGCCUUAACAACCAGUUUAAGGAGGAGCAAGCCAAGCUGCGGCAAAAAGAGGAGAAUCGGACCAGGAAGACGGAGAACCUGUACCAGAGUGUUCAGAGGGCUCAGGAGGAGGCCCUCCGUGAUAAGCAGGAGCAGAGAAUGAGGGAGCUGGCUCGCAAAGGGCAUGACGUCUCCAACCUCCGUCGCAGCAGGGAAGGGAUGCCGACUCGUGACGGCCCAGUUUACGUGGCCGUGGAGGAAGAAACGGUUCGGCAGAGGGAUGGUCACUCCCGCUCAACUCUGCGUGUCCACGAACCAGAGUCGUCCAUGAAGGACAUGGCUGUGCAGACAGAUGCGGACACCGGAAGAUCGGCAAGGGGCGGCGACGGAACGGGCCGCGUCUUUGCGGACUCCACGCGCCCUCCCGCCACGCCGCACAUCCCCGCAGAGUACAGCAACACCGGAGUCACGUGCAGGAGUCGCAUCGACAGGGAGAGGCCCGGAGGAAAGGGAGCGGACAAGCAGAGCGGCCACCACGAGGAGGAGCCGUCUUCCAAGAUGCCGGGCCAGAGCGAUGCCCCCAAACGCAAGAGCCCGAGAGAUGACGCUGAACCGAAGCCGGCGUGGAACAUGACCACCAAACCUGUUGUGGGGUGCGUUAAUCCAGCGGGAGGCGGCGCAACCCGAGCCUCUGAUAAGUACCCCAAGGCUCUGAGGAAAAGGGAGAUUGAGCGGGAGGCGCGCAAGCAGAGGAGGCAGGAGCAGCUGUUGGCGAUGGUCAACAGGAACGUCGUGAGCAAGGGACAGGCCCCCGCCAGCGACGCCGCCCGCCAGGAAGACGCCGGGGAGGCCGCACACAAGCAGAGGGCCUCGCGGGCACUGCCGUCACUCGCGGACAAGACGGGACACCAGACAAGGGAUGUGCAGAAAAAGAAACCAUUGACGGAACACAACAAUGCAACCCAGAGAACUCAACAAAGCAAUGUCGAGUUUUCAAACAGACUGGACUCACCACCAGUUCCGGCGCUCAGACACAGAACGCAGCAGCAGCAGAAGGAGGAGGAGGCGGGCGAAGGUGGCGACCACGCAGAGAGGGGGGGUGCCGGCCACACGCCAGAGGCGGUUCACAUCGCCUCUCACCGCUUGGCUCCGCUGCACGAUGCCGGGGAAGCCGGAGCUGGGACAGGCCAACGCGGCCGGCAAGCCUCAGCGAGCAGGGCCGGGCAGACCUCCCCUCCAAACGCGGCGUUUGUGCCGUACCUGCGCAGCGAUGAUGUCCUCUAUCUGGACCCCGACGCGCCCAUGUCACGCCCACCAACCAACGAGUCGCAGUACAGAUACGGCCGUGGAUAUUUGGAGCAGCGGAGGCAUAGUUCAGAGCAGUCACGUGAUCCUCUUCUCAACCCGGAGCUGCUGAAGUCCAAGGACAGACAAAAGGCUAUUCUUGAGGGGCUAUCUCAACUCAGACAGGGCUUGCUGAUGAAGCAAAGGGAGGUGGAGACCUACCUGUCGUCACCCAUGCUUGCUGAAGAUGUCUCUCAGUUUCCAAUGCAGAGCAAACCCAGCUAAAGCCACAGCAGCAGAUACCAGCUCUCUUAACCUAUGGGACUUUCUGCACUUUAUAGCAACAUCUCUUUGUUAUCUCUAAGAGUAACUUGUAAUAUAUUUAUUUUCCAUUGGCACAGAGCUACACCAGCACAGGUCCCAAAUGAUCCAUACAGGUGGUUUUCCACUGGCUAUUUUCCAUCCUGAGCCAGAACUAAACUGUCCUCACAAGAAAACUUAAUCUGGCUUGGGCCCAGGCAGUGUGUGACAUCAGUCAGUACAACUCAAACAUGCUGUCUCCCCUUGCUCAUUGCGUGUGAUAUCAGCGGCACAGCUCGGGUUGUGCAGUGGAAAAACAACCUGGCGCCUCCUGAGCCAUGCUGAGCUGGCUCCGCACGGCUCUAGCGUGGCUCAGUUGUACAGUGAAAAAGAGGUUUUAGAAAACAAAGAUAAUGUGCAGUAAUAUUUGCGUUGUAUGUGAGGACUUAAUAAAGAUACAUUUCGUGUAAAGUGUAUAUUUUAUUUUUUCAGCGUGUAAAUUAACCAAUUCACUCGUUAAUCCUCCUGGUGAAGCAUAAUUAUCUUUACAUCGUGUGCAACAGUCCAAUGAUGCCAGGAAUAGAACAAAACAAUGGAAGCUUUUGUCGAUUGGCCAUUACCAGGGGUCGGAAACCAAUGUAAUAAUAAGAGCCGUUUUUUUCGAAUUCGGUAAAAAGAUAACUCAAUAUUUCAAGGGCCGCAAUGCACGCGGUGCAUACGAGACGGUCGUCCUUGAUGAACAACGCGUCACGAAGCAGCCCCUUAAAGAGCCACACGCGGCUCCGGAGCCGAAAGUUACCGACCCCCGGCCAUUACCAUCACCGCAGUUGUUUACAGGAAACCAAUUGUGUACUUCUGUUAACAUUAGCACUUUAAUAUCUAAUGGGUGCAACGACUUAUAUAAAGUAAGCUGCUUUUGUCAGGGCUGGAUUAAGGUUAUGAGGGGCCUCAGGUUAAUAGGAGGGGAAAGAGUCAAAGUAUGUAUUACAUAUUGCAAAGGUGUAUGAAGUCACCAAAUAUUUAUUUACCCAUGUAAAGUUGACAUGUAUUCCACUCAAGGUAAAUUCAUCAGACGUGAAUCACGACACAUUUCUUCAAACAUUUUUUUCUCUCCCCUGGCUUUAGCUGUGGCAAAGUCACGAAUUCCGUCAUUGUAAUUCAAAAACAAAACACCACUUCCCAUGGCCUUGCUGCCACCGUCGCUCAGCUGUUACUUUAGUGUCAAAUGAAGGACCUAAAAGGAGAGCCUACAAAGCAUGCGGGCCGAAGCCCUCAUUUGUCUAUGGGGUCAAUCCAACCUUGGCUCGUGUGAAAACUACUGUAUGCUUAUUCGCUGUAAUUUUUGUAACAUUUAAACAUUUUGAAUAUCGCAUCGUCUAGGUCUACAUUUGUAUAUACACUGUACUGCAAUAUGUCUUAGUGGUGCGAAAUGUUUAAAAUCCAGACAAUUCUGCAUGGCAUCAUUUACAGUGUUUUUAAACAGCGUGAUGUGAUAGGAACUUACGUAAUGAGGCAGUGAAAUCCGUUGUGCUAUACUUCUGUGCUGGCACAUCUGUGACCUCUGACCUCACCAACCCACACUUCACCACUUUGGUGAAGUGUUGUUAUCUGACCUCGCUAACCAGUAUGGUGAAGUGUGGUCAAAUAACCCCCGUGACCCCCACAGCAUAGGGAAGCCCUCAUGUAGCAGUGGGUUGACCAAAGGGCUGUACAUGACGUGGUGGAUGUGUAUCUCCACUACAAUUGGGGUGCAGAAGAUGACAGCCACUGUACUUGUGUGAGCAAUUUCCUAAAUGUAGUUUGUGAUUGCAUAAGUUUGUAACCCUUUGCAGUAGCCUAUAGCAAAAUGUGAUGUAAAAAAAAAACUGGACUGUAAUUAUUUACAUUUUUAACUGUGAAAAAUGGAAUGUUUGUCUCGUGAUUGUACAGAAUGUGCUCGCAUAUCCAACUUGCAGGGGGGUGAGGGGGGUGCCUGACAGAGGCAAAUGGGUAAAAGGUCAGAUCCGUGAACAUCUAUAGGAUACCAUGCAUGCUCAAACAGGUUCCCGGAUUUAAAUUGAAGUGCAAACAGCAGAAAGUGCUUUACUGUGCUUUAUAAUUAAGCGGAUGUAUGUGAGAUUAAAAUUGCUGAACUGAAUGAAACGGUGGGAUUUGUGAACAUCCCUGGGAAAUGACAGUUACUCUAUGCACAAAUCACACACUGGGUGGUGAGCAGUUGAUAACACUGGUCAACACACGUUUUCUGGCAUAAGGUAUUCCAACGGUUUUAAGGUAAUUUUGGGGUGCUGAUUCCAAAUCUGGCAUCAGUUUUUGUCUCAUCACAUCAGGUUUUUGAGAUAUCAAAUAUUGCAUUUUCAAUAAAAACUGCAGAAGAAAAAUAUUAAAUGUUGAUAUCUACAUAAAAUGAUAUUAUAAACACUAUCCUAAAAAUACAGCAGCAUAUUUUAACACUAAAGCAGUCACUGACUCGCAACAACUUGCAAUCAUAAGUGACAGAGUUAAUUUUGGGUAAAAUCAAUGAAAAUGGGGUAUGCCGAUAGCAUAAAAAUGAGAUUUGAUAGAGCAAAUCUGAGAUCAGAUUUUGAAUCAGCACCCUAAAAUUAGUUUAGAACAGCUGCAAAAGUCCAGGCCAGAAAUUUAUUUUUUUUGUUGACCAGUGUAAUUUGGGGUGGAUAUGCGACGUUCUUUAUGUUCAUAGCAUUGUGAAUCUUAUUCUUGGUUCUUUCGGUAAAGUCACGUAGAAGGGAAAUAAUAAAGUAUUAAAAUAAAGCAAUAAAAUUCUCACGACGUUUCCAUUGCAACGCAAGCAAUCAUAAUCAGGUGUGAAAACCACAGCUAGAAAAUUUUUGAAUCUAUUUUAACCCUUCUAAGUGACUUUACCGAAAGAACCAAGAAUAUGAAUCCCUGCAGUCACGAAAGCUUUAAAUCGAAAUUGUGAAUCUUUUUCUAUAAAAACUAAAAUCCUUACCACCUACUAUAAUUAAAUGAUUGCCAAAAAAUGCAAAGACGUGGAUUGCAAAUACUGUGACAGAGUAUUAAUUGACGUGCUCAACUUAGAAAAAUAAAGAGUUUAAAUGCAGACAUGUAUCGCCCAGUAUUAUUUACAACUGCUCUCACACACAAACGCCUCCUUA